AUGUCGUUCCUGCUCCAUCAGAUCAUCUUCUACGAGGACAGGAACUUCGGCGGCCGUCACUACGAGUGCAUGAGCGACUGCGCCGACCUGCACUCGAUGUUCGACCGCUGCAGGUCCAUCCGGGUGGAGAACGGCAUGUUCAUGGUGUACGACCGGCCGGGCUUCACCGGGAACCAGUUCUUCAUGAGGAGGGGAGAGUACUCGGAUUACAUGAGCAUGACCAGCAUGAACGACUGCGUCCGGUCCUGCCGCAUGAUCCCCCCGUACAGCGGCAGCUUCAGGAUGAGGCUGUACGAGCACUUCGACAUGGCCGGUGAGAUGAUGGAGCUGACCGACGACUGUCCCAACCUCAUGGACCGAUUCCGCAUCUCCAACUUCAACUCGUGCCACGUGGACGGCCACUGGCUGCUGUACGAGCAGCCCGGCUACAGGGGGCGCCACUACUACCUGAGGCCCGGGCAGUUCCGCAGCUUCGGCGACUGGAACGCCAGCAGCUCCAGGAUCGGCUCGGCCAGGCGUCUCAUGGACCUCUAA